CGGCCGGGUACCUACCUGCAGCCGCUCCUCCAGUCAUCAGAGCCGCCCUCAGCUCAGUUAACCUGUGGAACGGUUCAGCACAUCACUCCUCCUCCUCCUCCUCCUCCUCAUCUCGUCGCUGUUUGAGUCGUGGACGUGUGAACUGAAUAAGUGUUGUGUGUCCUCUUUAUCUACCACCAGGCUCUAAGAUGUCUCAGAAGAUCAAGGCAGGCUCUGUGGUGGAGAUGCAGGGAGAUGAAAUGACUCGGGUCAUCUGGGAGCUCAUUAAGGAGAAGCUUGUCUUCCCCUACCUGGAGCUCGACCUGCACAGCUAUGACCUCGGUAUGGAGAACCGAGAUGCUACAGACGACCGGGUGACGGUUGAGGCAGCGGAGGCAGUCCGGCGUUACAACGUGGGCAUCAAGUGCGCCACCAUCACGCCAGAUGAGAAGCGGGUGGAGGAGUUCAAGCUGAAGCAGAUGUGGCGCUCGCCCAACGGGACCAUUCGUAACAUCCUGGGAGGCACAGUGUUCAGAGAGGCCAUCAUCUGUAAGAACAUCCCCCGCCUGGUGCCCGGCUGGGUCAAACCCAUCAUCAUUGGCAGGCACGCCCACGGAGACCAGUACAAAGCCACAGACUUUGUGGUGCCUGGGCCUGGGAAAGUGGAGAUGACCUACACACCCACAAACGGAGAGCCAGUUAAAUUUGUUGUUCAUGAGUUUGAGGGCACAGGGGGUGUAGCCUUGGGGAUGUAUAAUACAGAUAAGUCCAUCAGGGACUUUGCCCACAGCUCCUUCCAGAUGGCUCUGUCCAAAGGCUGGCCCCUCUACCUCAGCACCAAGAACACCAUCCUGAAGAAGUACGACGGCCGCUUCAAGGACCUCUUCCAGGAGAUCUACGAGAAGGAAUACCGUGCUCAGUUUGAGGCCAAAGGCAUCUGGUACGAGCACCGUCUGAUAGAUGACAUGGUGGCCCAGGCCAUGAAAUCUGAGGGAGGCUUCAUUUGGGCCUGCAAGAACUACGAUGGAGAUGUACAGUCUGAUUCUGUGGCACAAGGCUACGGCUCCCUGGGUAUGAUGACCAGUGUGCUGAUCUGUCCUGAUGGACGCACAGUGGAGUCUGAGGCUGCCCACGGCACAGUGACCCGCCACUACAGACAACACCAGCAGGGAAAAGAGACCUCCACCAAUCCCAUAGCCUCCAUCUUUGCAUGGACGCGGGGCCUGCUCCACCGGGCGAAGCUGGACAGCAAUGCUGAGCUGCGUGUGUUCUCUGAGGCACUGGAGGCCGUUUGCAUCGAGACCAUUGAGGCUGGUUUCAUGACCAAAGAUCUGGCUAUCUGCAUCAAAGGACUGCCAAAUGUGACACGUGCGGACUACUUAAACACCUUUGAGUUCCUGGAUAAGUUGGCAGAAAACCUGAAGAUUAAGCUAUCCAGCCAGCCCAAACUGUGAUCUCACCUCCCGGCCUCUGCAGAUAAACACAAACACAAACCCAUUCAAACACACGCUCAUGCACACAGAGACAUCUACACACCUACUGGAAUUAACACUGAAGCAGGGACGAGUGUGCCCAGGGCUCCGGGAGAUCAAGUCCUUCCCAAACUUGGGGUUCUGAUCAAGCUGGGUGCCUUGUCCAAGAAAGAGGAAUGGAGGCUUGUGAUCAGUGUAGGCCAACAUUCCUGUUAAUGCAUCACUAGUAGACAAAAAGCCAUACUUGUGACAGUGAAGAGACAACUCAAACAUUAACUGUGUCCAGGGAUGACACUCGUCAGAUGACCCGAUGGCUCAGUGACCUUGUUUACCCUAAUUUGCACUAGGUCCCCUGAUGUGAGGGUGGUAUGUGUGUGUCGGUAUUUGUUGGUGAUCUGUGCCAGACAGGGGACAGAGUCAGUCUGAAGCAGAGACUUUAGACCCUCACUGCCUUAUUCAUUUUGUGUCAAAGUCAUCGGUUGAUUCUUGUCAUCUCCUACGUCUUGUAAUGUUUUAACCAUACCUCAGGCAACAUCAUAUGUACUACUGCCACUGCAUUAGCACUGUCAGCCUGUAUUUCACUAAUGAAACCUCUCAGCAUGGUAGGAGAGACCAUGCAUACCAUGACAUUUUACUGUUAUGAAUCAUGAAACACAUAAGGACUGACUUUUCAGUCAUUUAUAGCAAUCAAACAAGGGUUCAGACUCUUACUUAAAUAUAUGGUAAACAGACUACAGUACAUGAUUUUAGAUUUUGUACUCAUAUUAACAUUACUAGACACCAUCGAUAAAGAAGUGUAUUUAUUUGUCCUUCCUUUGUGUGUGUGCAUGUCUGUUAAGUUUGUCAUCAGCACAUAUCCUGCCACAAUAUCUUCAUCAAAUUCUGUGUUGGUUUGUUCAUUCCUCAUGUAAUAACUCAUAAUAAAUGGGGUUUUUGAAGAUA